UAAAGUAUUCAGUUUAGAAGUCUGUUUUCUUUAUAAUCGUUGUUAUUUAUUUCGCUUAAAAGUCCCGCGCUUCCGGAACUUUCCGCUUUACGAUCCCGAUCGUUAGAAUAAAAGCGUUGGUGAAACGUCGAGCUUCGAAAACCAUCCAAUAUCUCUAAAGGUUUUUAUAAAUACAAGUAUAAACAUUUGAACAGUUGAUAAUAUGGGAGACAGAUACAACAUCCACAGUCAGUUAGAGCACCUGCAGUCUAAGUACAUCGGUACCGGGCACGCUGACACAAACAAAUGGGAGUGGCUGACCAAUCAACACAGGGACAGUGCUGCAUCAUACAUGGGACACGCUGACAUGCUGAACUAUUUUGCUUUAGCGGAGAAUGAGUCUAAGGCCAGAGUCCGAUUUAACUUGAUGGAGCGUAUGUUACAGCCGUGUGGACCCCCACCAGAGAGGCCAGAGGACUGAGGCCCCAAGGGGAAACUUUAAACAUUAAUUAAAAUGUACAAUGCACAAUAUAUUUUCAUAAAGUACCAUUCAUUUCUUUGAUAUAUAAUUAUAUGAUCAUCCCUUCAUGUCAUUUCAAUGUUGUUUUAUUUGUGUAAGCUUAUAUGAAGACUAGACAUGUAAGAGUAUGGGAAGGUCAAC